AUGAAGCUUGUGGGGCAAAGCCCUAGAGAACCCCACAGUACCAACGCCCAGACCCAUAUUGUUGGACAUGAUACAGCGAUGCGGGGGAUCUUGGAGCAGCAGGAAGCCCUAGAGGUACAGGGUUAUGGCCCACUGGUGUGUGGACACGCCAUGGCCCUGUACCAGAAUAGUAUUAGCCCAAAGACAUGGAAUUCUGCUGCAGAACUUUAUAAAUCCGUCAUGCUGCUGCUGCCGUUCACCCACACGUACGGCCACGGAAUGAUUGCCACGACCUUGUUUCACGGCGGCUCGGUGGUCGUUCUUCGGAAAUUCUCACCAAAGAGCUUCUUUGAAACCAUUGAAAAGUUUAAGGUGACAUGGGCCCCCAUCGUGCCAUACAUCGCCAACUUCCUGAUCGACACGCCCCUCAUGAAGCAGUACGACAUCUCCUCCCUCAUGGGCUUCACCACCGCCGCCGCCCCGGUUUCCGCCGCUGCUCUCACCUCCCUCAUGAAAAAGAGUGGGCGAGGUGUUGGAACAGCUUAUGGGUUAACAGAAACGAACGGCGCUGUGUCGGUGAACAGCAGAGCGUUCGGCUACAACCCCGAAUCUGUGGGCCGCAUCGUUCCAUUCACUGAAGUGAAGGUGGUGGAUGUGGAGAGCGGACGCAUGCUGGGCGAGGGGCGCGAGGGCGAGGUGUGCGCCCGAGGCCCCAGCGUCAUGCUGGGCUACGUGAGCGACCCGAAGGCCACGGCCGCUGCCCUUGACGCCGAGGGAUGGCUCCACACGGGAGACGUUGGAUACUUUGAUGAAGACAAUUUCCUGUUUAUCACAGACAGAAUCAAAGAUCUAAUAAAAGUGAAAGGUCUCCAGGUGUCUCCCACUGAACUCGAGGCGCUGCUGCUGAGCCACCGCGACGUCGAAGAUGCUGCAGUAGUCGGUGUCCCGCAUGUCAGGUUGGGCGAGGCCCCGCGCGCCCAUGUUGUGCUCAGGGCUGGGACGACUUUGCGCCCACGUGACCUUGAAAAGUUCGUCGAAGAACGUGUGAGUGCCUACAAACAACUCGCAGGUGGAGUGAAGAUUGUGGAUGCCAUCCCUAGAAACCCGGCUGGGAAAAUCCUCCGAAGGCAGCUGAAGAGGGAAUUCAUGGCCUCUAAGCUGUAAGCUUUGUGUGGAGCAAGGGGCCCCAGAGUCCUUUCCGCGGCAUCUUAGUCACAUCAGCUAACCUGCACAUUCGCUCUUCCGCGAAUUACGGCUGCAUCAAACAAGAUAAACAUAGGUUAUAUAUCCAAAUGACAAAUGUAAUACCCAUCCAAAGAUUGAGAGUAAUUGAACAUGCAAACAAUAACUAAGAGGCAUGAUAAGAGGCAUGCUGAACCAAAACAAAGGGAAAUAAACAAUUUAAUUGGUGACGCACUGUACAUACAGUGGCCAGAGGGUAAUGGAUUCUCACUCUCACUCACUCACUCACUCUCUCUUUCUCUCUCUCUUUUCUCUCUCUUUCUUUCUCUCUCUUUCUCUCUCUCUCUUUCUUUUUCUUUC